GUGUCAUCGGGAGGCUUCUCUGAAGAUGAAAUGACUGCCUUAUCAAGCACAACAAAUAACCACUUUGACCAGAUUGAGCAGCCCAGCACUUCAGCUGAAGACUCUGAUGGUUUGAUGUCAUGUUCCCGCCGAAAGCUGAAGUGUAAAGAUGACAAAUCUUGUGGAGUGUGUGGGGAUAAGGCCUUAGGAUAUAAUUUCAAUGCAGUUACCUGUGAAUCUUGCAAAGCGUUUUUUAGAAGAAAUGCUUUAAAAGAUAAGUCAAUGGUGUGCCUUUUUGACAACAAUUGUGUGGUCAAUAUUAGAACAAGGCGAUUUUGUCCGGCCUGUCGUAUUAAAAAGUGCUACAAAAUUGGAAUGAACAGAGAUAUGAUUCUAGAUGAUGGUGAAAGAAAAAAACGAAUGACUAAAGUCGUGGCCAACCGGACAAAGAAAGAGCACACCAUCGUGACAGAGACACCAGCGGUACAAAUAAAAUCAGAAGUAAAAUUUGAGAUAGAUGUAAAUGAUUCAGUUAUUAAGUUGCCUGUCAGCCAUACAACUAUUACUGAAGUGGAGAGGCCUCCUACCCCAUAUGGAAAAGCUCAUAAUAGACCUUCAAAUGUCAUCUUCAGACAUAUUCCAAACCAUUUACUUCCCUCCGAUUCCCGCAUGUUUUACAAGCUUACCUGUGAUGAAAGUACCCUCUUGGCAAAUGUCACAAAAGCGUACCAAGAAACAUUAGCUGCCAUGCCUGAGAUGGGACCUUACUCUGAACCCAAACAGUACCAGAAAGCAGCAGACCUCGUCAACCACUCAGAGGUUUGUGUCAGAAAGUUGAUUAUGUUUGUCAAGCAUUUAGAUGACUUCAGACAGCUCAGCCAGGAGGACCAAAUUGCUGCUCUCAAAGCUUGUGUAAUGAACACCUUGUUGCUAAGGUCAGCAUUGUUCUACAGCAUUGAAAAAGAUGCCUGGCUGACUCCAAAAGGGGAAAUUCCAACAAGUAUCCUGAAGAACACAACUGGAUUUGUUUCAUUACACAAUGAUCAUGUCUACUAUUGCCGACGAGUCAAGUCCAUGGCUCAGAAUGACUAUCAUAUAUAUGCUCUUCUGCAGGUGCUGAUUAUCUUUGAUCCAGCAGGCAUGCAUAUAUGUGACAGAGAGUUUGUCUCAUCCCUUCAAGAUAGAUAUAUAGUUCUUCUGAAGCAUUAUUUUGAAUCUUGUUUCUCAUUUGAGUUUGCCAAGGAAUACUACGUCAGUGCCAUGGAUAGGCUGUGUGACCUCAAGGUUCUUAGCGAGGAGCAUGCCAAGGUUCUGCUGCAGGUGAACCCUGUAGAUGUGGAGCCUCUGAUGUUGGAAGUUCUCAACCUCAAGUAG